AUUUCCAGUCAAUGACCUCACUUUUGAGUGGGACAGUCAACACAUUUGCCGUGACAUUCUUUCUAUGAAGCAGUGCAGUGACAGCUAGUUACUUUCAAGAAGUCAUCUCCAAGGUGGUCUGACAGUAUCUGAUACCUUAACUUUUCUUAGCACUGGAGACAAAUCACCUUGAAAUUCUUAAUUUUCCAAAUCCGUGACAAUGGCAACUUAUUUCGGAGUUACCUCAGCAGUGUUUUUUGUCUGGAUUAUGACUUUCAUGGCUCAAAGUAACUUUGUAACAGGUUCCAUUCUUCCACCUUGCAGGAUCACAGGUGUAGGAAUUUAUCUUGAGGAGAAAGUGGAACUCUCAGAAGCAAGUAAUGCAUGUAAUCAACUGAAUCUACAAUUGGCAAGCAAAGACCAAGUUGAAAAGGCUUUGAAUCAUGGAUUUGAAACGUGCAGCUUUGGAUGGGUGAAAGAUGGAUUGGUUGUCAUUCCUCGGAUAACAUCCAACAAGAAAUGUGGUCAGGGCAAUGUUGGACUAGUGCUAUGGCGUGCUGAUCCCUCUAACAAGUUUAAGGUUUACUGCUUCAAUUCCUCAGAUGUUCAGAUUAAUUCAUGUAAACCAGAUCCAACGACAACUGUAGUACCUUCAUCAACUGCACCAACGGACUUAACUGCGUAUUCGGGCUCUGAUUUGCCUGAGAACAUCACAGCAGUGCCCAACGUGACUGAGUCAGAACAAUCCCUGAAAAAUACAAAAUUUCGCGUAGUAUGUGUAACUGAAACUAUAUUACCAACAGAGGGGACUACUCCGAAAAUGCCAGAGGAAUACUCAUCAAUUGACUCUCCCAACUACACUUCCCAUGCUGCCUUUAAGAACGAUGCCACUGUGUUUGGAGGUAUCCCUACUGCACUUCUUGUACUGGCAAUCACCUUCUUCAUUAUUUCAGUUGCUCUAGCAGUUUGCUAUAUCAAAAAGUACAAGACAACCUUCCAAUUUUCAAACAAGAAUCAGCAAAAAGAAGUGAUUGAAACUACUGCUCUCAAAGAGGCUAAGUCGAAUGACAAAGCACCAGAGAAGGAAACAAAUAAUGGAAAAAAGGUAGAAGAGUCUAAAACCAAGCCUGAGACCACAGUAAAAUGUCUAGAAGCAGAGGUUUAAGGGGAAACAUGUACCUUUUUUGAUAGAAAUAUAAAAUGAUGCACACAGAAUUUAGCAACGCUUUUAAACAUGGGUGAUUGUAAAUACUCAUGAGUGAAUGUUCUCUAUCUUAACAUAUGAAAACUUGUUUCUUUAAUAAUUACAUCUUUAGCUAUAAAUGCUCUCGCAGAAGAACACAGUAUCUUUCCUACUUGAAAUAAAUAAAAUCCAUCUUAGAGCUCAUUUUUCAUCUUUAAUAAAGAAGUAAUUAGGAAUAUGCUAUUAACAACAUGCAGUGUGUUAACUAUUUGCACAGAAUUCAGAUCAAUGUAUAUUGUAAAGGGUUUUUUUAAUCUGGU